AUGUGCCUGCUCCUGCGCCCCCUGCUCCCGCGCCGCCAGCUCCCACUUGCCCCCCUGCGCCCCCUGCACCCCCUAGUGGUCCAAGAAAAAAAUAGCACACUUCUUUAUGUCUAUAUAGCCCGGCAAAGGUCCGAUUGCCUACCUGCAAUAUGCCAUUUAUUUCUUGGUCUGGGUGACCCCCUGCUCCCCCUGCUCCCACUGCCCCCUGCGCCGAGCCCGAAUGUGGCUCCUGGCUCGCUGCCGCUGGCCCCAAGUCAACAAAUUGUUGACAUUCUCUACGCUGUGGCUGGGCCAAGGCCUCUUGGCACCGAUCCUCGCGGUGAAUUAAGCAAAAGAUGUUCUGGUGAUCAAAGAGUCAAGUAA